AUGUAUCAAUGUGUUUUAAAUUAUACAAUCAAUAAAAGCAUUUUGUUAGGAAAAGGUGGAUUUGGAAGUGUUUACUUGGCUUAAAAUGAAUUAAAUCAAGAGUUUGCUUGUAAAAUAAUGUAAAAGUCUUAAGAUAAGUAGAUCAUUAUAAUCAAAUCAAAACAACUACAGAAAGCUUAAAUAAUUAGUUGAUAGAGAAUUAUCAAUAAUGAGUACGUUAGACAAUUAGAAUAUAGUUAAAAUGGCUCAUUCUUAUUUUGAUGGCAAAAAUAUCUACAUUUUUAUGGAGUAUUGUAAUGGAGGGAAUCUUAAGAAAAAAAUAAGAGAACUCUAAUCAAUAUACCCAUGUCCAAAGUUUUAUAAAUAGAAAUAUGAAAAAUUGGCUUAAGAGGUAUUUUGGGAUAUUAUUGACUCUUUAAAUUAUUUAUAUACAAAGAACAUCAUUCAUAGAGAUAUAAAGCUGGAGAAUGUAUUAAUCCAUGAUGGUAAAUAUAAGUUAUCAGAUUUUGGAUUAUCUAAAUUUUUGAGUGAUAUUGAUGAAGUAAAUAUUUAAAUAUAAUAAUUACAGGAACCUAUGAGUAGUAUUUUAGGAACUCCGUGUUAUUAAUCUCCUUAAUUACUUAGACAAUAAGUUUAUUCACCAAAAACUGAUAUUUGGUCUCUAGGGGUUUUAUUAUAUGAAUUGUUAAAAGGAGGGGAAUUACCUUUUAGAGGAUUUAAUACUUAAGAUUUAUUAAAAGAUAUUGAAACUAAAUUAAAAAGUAAUUUAUUAUUCUAAAUAACAGCUAACUACAUUUAAAAUCAAUUGUUGUCAGUAGAAAAUAAACUGCUUUAGUAUUUAGUUUCAAAGAUGCUUGUGAUAGAUGAAGAAUCUAGAUUAAGUCUGAAGGAUCUAUUAAUUAAAGUCAAUUAAUUUAGAAUCAAUGCCUAAUUAAUGUAAAAAGAGAAUAUUACAGCAACUGAGACUAGAUGUAAACCCUAUAAGCCAGAAAAGAUAACAUCUAAAAAAACAUCAUAAUCAAAUUAAGAAAUAAACAACAAAUAAUCUAUUCCCAUACGAUUUAUUUAAACAUAUAAAGAAAAAAAAAUAGAGGCCACAUUCAUCUCAAAAAUAUUAGAUGAUAAAUUGUCUUCAAAUAUUUUAAUUCUUCUUGCACUAAUACUAUUCAUUGCUUUGAUGUAAAUAUCUAAUAAGAUUUGA